AACCCCAAAUUAUAGUUCGAGCAACGGCAAUUACAGCCCUAGAGAGAGAGAGAGAAGAGAGAGAGGUCGAGAAAGAGGUAAAAAUGGCGUCGGGAUGGGGAAUAACGGGAAACAAGGGGCGAUGCUAUGAUUUCUGGAUGGAUUUCAGCGAAUGUAUGUCGCAGUGCCGCCAGCCUAAGGAUUGCGGUCUCCUCCGUGAAGAUUAUUUCGAGUGUCUCAACCACUCUAAAGAGUUCCAAAGAAGGAAUCGAGUGUACAAGGAGGAGCAGCGUCAACUGAGAGCAGCUGCAGAGAAGGCUAAGGGAGGUGGGGUUGAUGUUCAUCACUGAAAACGGAAAAGAAUCGUUAACUUUGGACUGGGAUUUAGUCGACUUUAUUCGACCUUUCUUGAAAAUAAAAAAUGUAUGUAUCUGCAUUUUGUGGAAUCUCUCAAGUACAACAACAUAGUUUUUAUUUCACAUCUUGAGAAUUGGAAUUCUUGCUGCAAAAUCAAUGAGAUGUUGUGUGUUUCCUUGUGUUUUGAAUUGGCAUUUAAGCAGUCUUUUGGUUGUUCA